AUGGUCAACUCCUGUUGCAGUUCUGUCUCCUCUGACCAAGGCUGUGGUCAAGGCCAGGUGACCUGCUGCCACCCCAGUUGCUGCCAGACCACCUGCUGUGUGUCCAGCUGCUGCAGGCCCCAGUGCUGCCAGUCCAGCUGCUGCCAGCCCACCUGCUGCCGCCCCAGCUGCUGCAGGCCCCAGUGCUGCCAGUCCAGCUGCUGCCGUCCCCCAUGCUGCCAGUCCAGCUGUUGUCAUCCCAGCUGUUGCAUCUCCAGCUGCUGCCGUCCUUCCUGCUGUGACUCCAGCUGCUGCCGCCCCUGCUGCUGCUUCCGCCCAGUGUGUGGUCAAAUCUCCUGCUGCAGGACCACCUGCUGCCGCCCCAGCUGCUGCCGUCCCAGCUGCUGUGUGUCCAGCUGCUGCAGGCCUCAGUGCUGCCAGUCUGUGUGCUGCCAGCCCACCUGCUGCCGCCCCAGCUGCUGCAGGCCCCAGUGCUGCCAGUCCAGCUGCUGCCAUCCCAGCUGUUGCAUCUCCAGCUGCUGCCGUCCUUCCUGCUGUGGCUCCAGCUGCUGCCGCCCCACCUGCUGCUUCCGCCCAGUGUGUGGCCAAGUCUCCUGCCACACCACCUGCUACCGCCCAACCUGUGUCAUCUCCACCUGCCCCCGCCCCACCUGCUGCGCCUCCUUGUGCUGCUGA